AUGUUGGCCGCUGCUCGCGACGAUCCCACGGCCCAAACCAUGGCCAAAACAAAAGUCGCGCCCGGCGCGUCGUUACGACGCUCCGGGGGCAGGUCAUGGAUAAAGUGGAGAAGAAAGCGGAGGAACCUGGACCUGACCCCGUGGCAACGAAAGAGGAGACAAACUGUGGCUUGA